CAACUAUUCACUACGAUCAGAGAAAGGUACUCAUCAAACUGAAAAUGAUAUCAAAACUGACAGUCCUCUUGGCUGCUCUAGCUGUAAGCAAUGCUGUACCGGUAUGGAUGGCUAAUCCUUACUAUUCUGGAAUGUUCUUAAGACAUCCCCAGCCUCCUAGUAUAGCAUUCGGUAUCGGCAGUGGCUUCAGCAGCGACUUUGGGGGCAUCAAACACACAAGUAGCUAUGGACAUUCGUUCCAAACUGGAAACGCGCAAGCUUACGGCGGAGGAUCUGGAACAGCCGAUGGGAAUACCUUCGCUCGUGGUGUGGGAUACGCUCAAACAUUCCCUCAAACAAACUUGAAACCCCAAUAUCAAUAUAGACAUCCUGUACCUCAAGACUUCCAGCAAGCUUCAGCAGUUACAUUCAACUCAGGAGGAAGGUCGUUUAACUCUGCUUCGGCUCAAAGCUUCGGCAACUUUGCAUCAGCUGUAUCCUCAGCUCAAUCUGUAGACGGAAUAGGUUCAGCUGUGAGUGCUGUACAGCAUAAUGGGCAGUCCCAAUCGGCGAUUUCGUCCGUAAACAGCCUUGGACGAAAUGGCCUUGACUCUACUAUAGCGACAACAAAUAGCAAUGGUCAUGGUUUUGGUUCAGCAAUUACUAGAGCAGAUAUUUCAGGAGGCUACCAAUCUGCUAUUUCUUCAACACAAGGACACGGUAAUUUUAAUAAUUACGGACAAGGAGCUGUAGCUCAGAAUGUCAAUGGAUACAGAACUAGCAAUGCAUAUAAUGUUAACCAAGGUUCAAUUCAAAACAGUGUUGCCAUAAAUGGACCGGGAAUACAAGUCGCGCAGACUUAUUCUAAUAAUAACGGUUAUUAUUAAAGUUAAGACUGUAAAUUAGUCAUUUAAGUAUUAUAAUGUAGUAAUGGUGAUACCAUUGUAAUAAAGACUGCUCUUAAAAAA